UGUAGUUACCUUGGUCACACUGGCACUUGCAGUUUGUAACUUGUAUCUGCGAAAAUGAGAAUAUUGACUUGGAAAAAAUGAGUAAACCCGUGAAUAAAUCCAAGGAAACGGCUGCCGCAUCGGCCAGCCUGAAGAGGAUUAGCGAAAAGAAGCUCGAGGCUUUUACGGUGGGCACGUUCUCAAAGCGACAAUUGUCCAAGAAGGAGAUCGAGGACCAGAAGAAAAAAGAGGAUGCGGCGGCAGCGGCACAUGCCUUCAAAGAGUUUGUGGAGACCUUCCAAGAGGCACCCACCCCCUCUUCCAAAGUAUGGGUCAAAGCCGGCACCUACGAUGCAGGAUCCAGACGGGAGGAUAAGUCGGAGAAGGGCAAGCUCUACAAGCCCACAUCCAAGCUGCUUGACAAGAGCUCCUCCGAUAAGGUCGAGGAAUAUGCCAAAACUUUAGCCUCGGAUCUUAAAAAGGAUCCCGGUCCCCUGAAAAAGAAAAAUCAGGAAAAGAAAAAAAGCAACUUGGAGCUGUUCAAGGAGGAACUGAGACAAAUCCAAGAGGAACGCGAGGAGCGUCACAAGUACAAGCACAUGGCUGUCAGCCAUGCCCCGCCAGCUCAGCAGCCGGCGGCAGCGACUGCUCCUGUGCCCAGCAGCAGUGCAUCCACCACCUCCCAGGCUUCCAACAGCUCCAAGGAGUCGGGCUCCUUCGAUACCGGUGAUCCAAACACCACCAAUCUUUACUUGGGCAACCUAAAUCCCAAGAUAUCCGAGCAGCAGCUCAUGGAAAUAUUCGGGCGAUAUGGUCCCCUGGCCAGCAUCAAGAUCAUGUGGCCUCGCUCCGAAGAGGAAAAGCAGAGAGGACGCAAUUGCGGCUUUGUGGCCUACAUGAGCCGCAAGGAUGCUGAAAGGGCGUUGAGGACACUAAACGGCCGCUACAUCAUGGGCUAUGAGAUGCGUCUGGGAUGGGGUAAGACUGUGCCCAUAAUGAACACGCCCAUAUUUGCUCCGCAAGCCUUGCUGGAAAUGACCCUUCCGCCGCCUCCAUCUGGAUUGCCCUUUAACGCCCAACCACCACCAAGUGAAGCUGAUGUUUUACCGAAGAAAAACUACAAGGAGUUUAACCAGGAAGAGGACAAGGAAAACAUGGAGAGGAUACUUGCUAAAUGCGUUGUAAAAGUACAUAUUCCUACAGAAAAGGCUGUACUUAAUGUUAUUCAUCGGAUGAUCGAGUUUGUUAUACGCGAGGGUCCAAUGUUUGAGGCCUUAAUUAUGAUUCGUGAAAUGGAAAAUCCACUGUUUUCGUUUCUCUUUGACAACGAAAGUCCUGCUCACAUAUAUUACCGAUGGAAGCUGUUUUCCCUGCUGCAGGGAGACACUCCGAACGAGUGGAGGGAGGAUGAGUUUCGUAUGUUCAAAAACGGACCGGUUUGGCGACCUCCGAUUGCCAACUUUUAUACUCAGGGCAUGCCGGAUGAGCUGGUUGUGGAUCCGGACGCUCCUGUGGUGCACAAAGGAGCCUUGUCCAACGCGCAACGAGAUAGACUUGAGGACCUGAUUAGACAACUAACUCCGGAACGCGCCCGAAUUGGUGAUGCCAUGAUCUUCUGCAUAGAACAUGCAGAUGCUGCUGAUGAAAUAUGCGAAUGUAUUGCAGAGUCUCUCGUCAACUUGAAUACACUGGCUUCAAAAAAGAUAGCAAGAUUGUAUCUGAUCUCAGAUAUAUUGCAUAAUUGCACGGUUAAGGUAGCCAACGCUUCCUUCUUUCGCAAGUCUGUGGAAAAGCAAUUGGUAGAUAUCUUUGAAAAUCUGCACAAUUACUACCAGAACAUUGAGAGUCGACUAAAAGCGGAGGGCUUCAAGUCCAGAGUUUGCAAUGUAAUUCGCACCUGGGAGGAAUGGACAAUCUAUCCCAAAGAGUUUUUGGCUCAGCUGACAGCUAAAUUCCUGGGCAAACCGUACGUCAUGCCAGUAAGUUCUUCACCUCAAGCUGAAGAAACGAGGUCUGAUGAGGCCUUAGACGAAGAUAUUGACGGUGCUCCCCUCUCUGGAGAGGAGAAGGACGAUGAAGACCUGGACGGGGUACCACUAGAUGGAGCUGCAUUACUCAAGAGCGCCUUGAAGCGGGCCUUGCCCGAUCCGGAUGCCGCUACACCAAAACGUGAAACGCCCAAGAGAGAGGAAUACCUCGAUGAAAUCGAUGGCGUACCUUUAGAUGAGGACCUUGACGGUAUACCGCUCGAAAAAGAAACCAAGCCUGCUCCUAAAAUGCCCGGAUUCAUUCCCUCUAAGUGGGAAACGGUUGACCCCCAGCAAGUAGAAGCGCAGGCGAUCACUACCAGCAAGUGGGACACGCUCGAUCCGCCAGAUCCCCCCAAGUUUUUCAGCUCUGACGACGAAAGUGAUGAUGACAACUCGCAGAAGUUCAACGAAGAGAAGAGACAAAAAUUAAGGGAUAUUGAACUAAAAGCAAUUCAGUAUCAGGACGAACUGGAGUCCGGAAAACGGCGCAUUGAACCCGGCUGGACUGUUCCCCAGCAAGUAGAAUAUUUCAGAAAGCGAUUGCUGAAACAGGACUCAAGAUCUGAAUCUGCUGUGGACUCCCCUCUGAGCUACAUGAACACCAAAUCAAAGGGCUCUAAGGUUAGUGAAAGUCCAGCCCAGUACAGCAGCAGUUUGGGCAAACGGUCGCAUUCACCCUACGCCGCUGCAGAACCCAAACGUCGGGACUACUCGCCGGAUAACUCCCGCUCCUCAAAAUCCUCUAAACGUAACCGGUCGCGCAGUCCUUCCGGAUCACCGAAGCGGUAUGCGGAGCGAUCUUCUCGCAGUUCCCGCUACGAGAGCCCGGCCUCCACUUCGUCCCGCUCACGCAGUUCUCCAACAUCCUUCGCUUCGCGGUCUUCCCGAAGGGAAGAGGCAUCUCCUCCGAGACACCGCAGCGAUAAGCACAAGCACAAGCAUAGGCACUAAUUAAUGCACUUCAGACGAUUCAUAUUUAAUUAAACAUGGAUUCCACAUAAAAACA